CGAGCGCUCGGGUGCGUUAUUUACCCGGCUAGUUUCCUUAAAACCUCACUAAGGCCGAAGAUAAACAGUUCGAAGAGAACAAGUUUGAAACCUUCUUUAUCUUGUUGAACUAAACUAAACUAAACUAAACAGCGGCGUAGUUGCGUGUGUGUUUCUGGUGGUAGGCGUUAAUUGCGAACAGCGUUGUGUUGUGUUUAUUAUAUUCGAAACGGUCAUGUUGUUUUUAACUGAGUGACGUUACUGACUCUGACUUCACGAGCUGCUCUACACCAUGUUUCCGUUGGACUCGCCCUGGAAUAUCUCAUUCGCAGGCUGUGGUUUUCUCGGGAUUUACCACGUUGGAGUGGCGAGCAGUCUGCAGGAACAUGCUCCUUUCCUCAUUGAGAAUGCGCAGCACAUCUACGGAGCCUCUGCAGGAGCGCUCACUGCCACAGCGCUGGUCACCGGGGCUUGUCUGGGAGAUGUAGCUGCCAGCUUCCUCAGUGUUGCGAAAGAAGCGAGAAAGAGGUUUUUGGGACCAAUGCACCCUUCCUUUAACGUGGUGAAGAUAGUGCAGGGCAAGAUGGCUCGGGUUCUGCCAAACGAUGCGUACAUCAAGGCCACAGGCCGACUGGGCAUCUCCCUCACCCGUGUCACAGAUGGAGAGAAUGUGCUGCUGUCUCACUUCAACAACAAUGAGGAACUGGUGCAAGCGUGUGUAUGCAGUGCCUUUAUUCCUGUCUACUGUGGCCUCAUCCCUCCAACCCUGCAGGGAGUGCGUUAUGUGGAUGGUGGAAUCACCGAUAAUUUGCCUCAAUACGAGCUGAAGAACACCAUCACCGUAUCCCCAUUCUCAGGAGAAAGUGAUAUCUGCCCCCGCGAUUACAGCUCCACCAACCUGCACGAAUUUAGGUUUACCAACACCUCUAUACAGUUCACACUCUCCAACCUGUACAGAGUCUCCAGAGCACUGUUCCCUCCGGAUCCUCAGGUGCUGGAGACUAUGUGCCGGCAAGGUUACAAAGAUGCAUUGAAUUUCCUGAAGAAAAAUGGCCUGUUACAAUUCCAGCGACCUCAACACCCAUUGAGUAAUGGUGCUGUGAGGGUUGAGGAAGACUCAGAGAACGAGAACGAGCAAGAUCAAAGGCAAAGAAUAGACAGAGAGAUGAUACCUGGCACUCAUUCAAAUAUAGAGGAACACAUAUUUGAGCACUUACCUCCACAGCUGCAUAGGGCUCUCAUGGAGGCCUGCAAAGAAAGACAACGCUCCUUUCAGUCUCUAAGCAACAUGCUACCAGUCAGGAUGCUAUCGGCAAUCUUGGUGCCAUGUACACUGCCGCUAGAGUCAGCUCUGUCACUGAGUAUCAGGUUGUUAGAGUGGCUGCCUGAUGUCCAGGAGGAUGUGGGCUGGAUUAAGGAUCAGACUGUGAAGCUAUUGAAUUGUGUUCUAAGCCAUGCCAAGAGGAAUGUGUCUCAACAGUUUGUGGCAGGAUUGUCUCAUCAGUUGGAGUUGCGGCAUGCUCAGUCGGCGCCGGCAAGUUUCAGCGCUGCAAAUCUGCUCCCAGGCUGGGUGUGCAGACGUAGCUCAUCUGUUCUGGAGGCCAUCCAGCGUUUGGAGCAGUACCAGCACCAGUUCCUGCCAGGACUCUUCUGCAUUAACCUGAGUCUACUUGGCUCCUUUAGUGCUGGAUCUCACCGAACAGCAGAACCCCCUUCUUCGCCCAUUCAAGAAGACAUGGAUGAAGGUUUGACUAUGCGUCCUGUGGGGGCCGCUAAUGCCACCUUGAUUUCACAAAGCAAUCAAAUGGAGGACUGAUCCAUGUCAUAAUGCAUUUUUUUAAAUUGGGAAAAAUGUGAUAUCAUAUGAUCAUCGUAAAGCCCAGGCAUUCAAGGAAACAUAACUUUAACAUACUCAACACAACAAAUUACAAGGAACAAGGAAUGUUUUAUAAAUAUCCUAAAAGGAUAU